AGCUCGUUCUUGCCCAGGGCUCUAACCUCUCCUCCUGUGGCAGAAGACUGUGCGUAAAAGUAGAGCAGAGAAUGAACUCUCUCGUGAAAUGGGCGCUCAUCCUCUUUGUCCUCUUCUCCAUCAUUCUCAACAUAGUCCUGAUUGGCAUCCACUCCAGCAGGGCGCCCAAAUGCUCCGCUAAGCGCGUUCACCCGCUGGGGGCCAGGCACGAUGAGCGCAGCGUCGUGUUCGCUGACCUCACCAGGGAGGAGUACGUGCAAGUCCAGAAGUACAUGCUCCAGCAGAAAGACCUGGACAUAUCCACCAACCAGAUUACUAAACCAGGGGGAAACUUAUUGUUUUUGAUAGAUCUUUCUCUGCCAAAGAAAGCGGAUGCGCUUGCGUUCUUAGACGGGAGAGCUGCCAAGCCGGUCAGAGAGGCGACUGUUGUGGUCUUCUAUGGUACGAGCGGCCACAUAAAGGAGUAUGUUGUGGGUCCUCUUCCAAAUCCAACAAAGCACAGGGAUGUCACUGUGGAGAGGUAUAAGACAGAACUGCCUAUCACUGCGCGCACCGUCACUAUUGGGGAAUACGCAUUGGUUUUCCAGUUUUUUCAGGAACAUGUCUUCUCCAAACUUACGAAACUCAUGAAAGAGAGCUUCGACGUGGGGGAUGACAAGCAGCUGAAUGCGUUCGAGCAGAUGCCUCGCGGAGUUCGGUCCGGGGACAGAAAGACUUGGGUGUCUUUCUUCAGAGAUAUGAGUGGCAUGUACAUCCACCCGGUGGGCUUCGAGGUGUGGCUGAACCACGAGAGCUUAAACGCCUCUGAAUGGAAAGUGGAGCGGCUUCUUUAUAACGGCCAAUACUUUCAAACUGUAGAGGAACUUAAACAGAAAUAUGAAACUGGGUCCAUAACGAAAAUAGCUUACAAGGAGUCAGCUGACUACGGAUCACUGAAACCAAGAAGGAAACCUCUGCAGGUCGGUCCCCAGCUGUUUAAUGUGGAUGGGAAACGCUUCAGCAUCAGCAAAAACCACGUCCUGUACCUGGACUGGAGCUUUGCCUUCGGACUGAGCUCGCUAACGGGCGCGAGGGUUUUUGACGUGCGUUUCAAGGGUGAGAGGAUCAUCUACGAGCUGAGUGUGCAGGAGGCCAUGUCGGUGUACGGUUCGGUGACACCGGGCAUGAUGUUGACAAAGUUUUUAGACUCAAGCAUCGGAAUAGGACGCUUUGCCCACGAACUGACCCGUGGCGUUGACUGCCCCCAUGACGCAACCUUCAUCGACACAUACCGCUACAUCGAUGUCCCAGCCCCUGUCAGAUUUAGGAACUCCAUAUGCGUGUUUGAGCACAAUUUGGGUCAGCCCCUGAGGAGGCACUUUGCUGACUUCUUCCACAACAGUUAUGGAGGGAUGGUAAACAGUGCCUUAGUGUUUAGGACGAUAACUGCAAUUGGAAACUAUGACUACAUGUGGGAUUUCAUCUUCUACCAAAGCGGAUCAGUGGAAGCCAAAGUGCAUGCCACCGGCUACAUCUCCUCUUCUUACCUGGUAGACGGUAAUCUGAAAUAUGGGCACCAGGUGGCAGAGAAGGUUCUUGGGAACAUUCACACCCACUUUAUUAACUUCAAGGUUGAUCUGGAUUUGUUGGGACAGAAGAACUUUUUCCAGACCAAAGACAUGAAAUAUGUCAACAGGUCUCUGCCAUGGAUGCCUGAUCACUACGCAAUGGUCCCUGAGCUUGUGGAGAAUCAACUGAAAACCGAACAGGAAGCUGCUCUGCGUUAUGACACAAAAACACCGCGCUACCUCCACAUAACCAGCAACCAGACCAACCGCUGGGGCCACCAGCGCUCCUACAGGCUGCAGGUGUUCAGCUUCACUGGAGACCAUCUCCCAGAGAGCCAGACAGAUGAGAGGUCCAUGUCCUGGGCCAGGUAUAAGGUUGCCAUCACCAAGCAUAAGGAUUCAGAGCAGACUAGCUCUAGUCUGUACAGUCAAAACGAUGUCUGGACUCCUGCUGUUGACUUCAGCAAGUUCAUUGCAGACAAUGAAAGCAUUGAGGAUGAGGACCUGGUUGCUUGGGUGACGACUGGUUUCCUCCACAUCCCCCAUGCUGAGGACAUCCCCAACACAGUGACAGUGGGCAAUGGGGGCGGGGUCAUCCUGAGGCCACAUAACUACUUUGAUGAGGACCCUUCCAUCCACUCUCCUGAUUCUGUGUACAUCGGACGAGACACUGAGGAAAGCUGUGAAAACAACAGGAUGGCCUGCCUUGCUGAAGAGGCCUGCAGUCCUGUCCUUGAACCCUUCACCUACCAUGGCUUUGAUGGAGUUAUGAAGUUUGAAGAUUGGGUCUGAUUUACUUAGCACUCUAUGGUUAUAGCUUCAGAAUGUGCAUAUAUAAGUUUAUAACAAGAGGCUUGGGUUGAUGUGUAAAUGUUAUAGGGCAGCCUGGGACGAAAGAUUAGUUUUGAUAUGUGUAGAGCUGCAACAUUCAGCCCACUGAGUUAUUGAAUUUUCCUUUUUUUCUCUCCAAAAUACGUUAAUUCUCCCCUUUUUUAAAAGAAGCACACAGGAAGAUUGUUUUGUGUCAGGGUGUGAUCACCCUAAAGGCUGAUAUAUACUUCUGCGUCGCCCCUACUCAGCAGUGGCUGACACGGACAUGAGCACCACAUACUUGUGCGUCGUUGUGUCCAUUAUGUGCAGCAAUUCUCCACCGAAACACUUGAGGGCAGUGUGGUCUCUCAGAUAGCCGGUCGCCUGCUCCCGCUACGAUCUCUGUUUACUUUUCCACCGAGAUUCAGAGCGUGUUAUGUUAAUCUACAGCUGAUACAUGUUAAUGUUUAUUAUAUAGACAUGAUUCAGGAAGAAUAGAGAGGAGGAGAUGAAAUACAUGGCUGAUGUGCGGCUGAAGUCCCGGAAGUGCUGUAAAUGCGGGAAAUACAAUGCCACUGAGCGGACCAAUCACGGGGCUUGCGGCCCGUGUUGAUUCUACAUGUAGUUACAUUUUGGAGGAGGUGCACGUCAGCUACAUGCGUAGGCCUCUGCUUAGGUAUGGGAGCCACGUGGACCUGUAGCGUAGGCUAUGCCGUUGAUUCGACGCAGAAGUAUAAAUCAGCCUUAACUGAGCAUAAAUAUUUGAAACAGCUUCAACUCUGAUGUCCUUAAGGAAAAAAUUAUCUGACAGGCAAAUUAAACCAUGAAACACAGACAGUCACAUCUGCACUGAUACAAAUUGAUAUACAUAAAUACAUCCUUAAAACUUUAAGUGAAAACCAGAAUAUGUAGAACUGCCUACAAACCAAGAUAUAUCCCCUGUAUGAAAUGAUAAACUGGCCAUCUGGAGCAUAAUGAGAAUGUAACAGUUAAAUUUCAUGAGAUUUUUUAAAAGCCCAACCUGAAGACCUUGAUUUUGGUGAUUUUAUUUUAUUUUUUUGUAUCUAUAGUAGGAGAUCAAAAUAUCUAUUCAAAGGCUCAAGAGGACACUGUAAAAUAAUAGUAAUGAUCUCACUGGUCCCUUAAAAUAUUUGUAACCAGUCUGGGUCAACACUGCAGGGGCAUUACUUCGGGAUGUACCUAAGCUAACUCAAUGCGCCACACAAAACAGGAAAUAGGCAAAACCAAACAUGUUGGUGCCACAUAAUUUAAAAGUAGAUUUUUCAACACAUUUAAAUUGCAAAGCAAAAUGUUACAGUCCCCUCCUCCCGGAAAUUUGAUUGCCUACCCCAUGUGCUACCUCAUACUCCUAAACUAUCAUUAACAAGUUCAGAGGCCAGACUUCAGUUCAGGCUGUGGCUUUUAAGUGUAACACGUUUCUUCUGUACUUUAAACUGUGACUUUGUGAGAUACUUUUCUAAAUAAGAAUUAAAGAAUGAUACAUUUGUAUGUUUUUUACCUCUGUUUUUUUUACUUUCUAAUUAAAAAGUUAUACACAGGUAUUUAAUAACUUUAAAGUAAACAUAAAUACAAAAAAUUUAAAAAAAAAAUGGUAAUCUUAUAUGUGGAGCAAAAAAAGUCCAAAAAUAUCCUGUUAGUGUGACUUGGUAUUAAAAAAAUGAUGCUACUGUAUUAACAUCCAUCCUGAAGUGGUCAACACAGAGGGCAUUUUCCCUUCUCUGUAGAAGCAUGUUAGUAUUACUAUGUACAGUAUGUCAACGUGAUGAUGUUGCCAUUAAAAUAACAAAAACAUUUUGAAUGCAGCCUCACAGAGCAGCAAAUAUGGUUAUUGAACUCUUAGCUGUAAAGUAAUGUGGAUACUCAUGUUAGAAUUAUUUUAGUAUUCUUUGUAAGCUGUGUCAAUGCGUUGAGUGUGACUUAGGUUGGCUUAAUACUUACACCGUGGUUAUGCACUUAUACUAGAAAGUAUGACUUCUUCAUUUAGUGGAAAAUUGCAACACUUUGGAUCAUAAUAGCUAACUUUUUAACAUUAUUUUUACACUUUAAAACACAUUGUACCUUGUUAGCUAACCUCACUUUGGUUUAGAUCCACAACAAUUACAAGUACAUAUGAACUAGCUGUUAUGUUUAAAAGCCUGUGUGAUGGAAUAAUACUCAGCAUACCACAAAAGAAAACUUAGUAUACUAUAGACACAUGAAAAGUUAGUUUUCUGUAGUAUAUUGUUGUGUCUUCUCUUGUGUCUUUUUUUUUGUACAGAAAUAACCUCAACAGCUAGUUUGCACCACUUUGCUUGGCACCAGGUUGAAUUUAUGUGGCCCCUUCUAGAACUAAGUUGGCAUAUUAGUAACCAUAAAAAGGGAAAAGCUUCAAGCUCUUCAUUCUUGAAUUUUGAAUCAUUUUGUUUUCAAACUCUGGUAACUUAUAGUGCAAAAAGGUUCAUAUGGUCGGACACUGCAUAUUAUAGUUAGACAUUUCUUGUAUCUAGGCAGGUGUCUUGUCUUUUUUACAUUGAGAUGUUUCAACAAAAAACUUCCUGCAGUCUUCCUCAGAAGAGUCACAUGAGGUUGCUGUGACUCUUCUAUCAGCUGAUGUAUUGAGGUAUGGUCGUCCUACCUGAAGUUUCUUGCAAUAAAACAUACACCAGUGAAACAGA